AUGUCCAACCGACCAAACGCACCACCUUCCCAUUCCUUGGGCCAAAAGACAUUUGCUCUUGAUGGCCGCGAAGUUGACCUUCUUCAUUACAUCUACAAUCGACCUGAUGUCAAGCAACUUAGGGGAAACCCGCAGAAGGUCAUUUCAGCUAUCGAUGAAUACCACACAAAAUUCAAUCCUCUCAUGAACGUUGGUUCUGCCAAAGGCGCCUUCGUGACCAAUCUGAUCGCCGAGCGCAAACCAUCAGUGAUGAUCGAGCUAGGUGGAUAUGUGGGCUACUCGGCAAUUCUUUUCGGCGACGCGAUCAGAGCCAACGGAGGCAAGCAAUUUCUGAGUAUUGAGAAGAACCCUGAAGUGGCAGCUGUUGCUAGCCAGCUGGUUGACCUUGCUGGAUUACGUGAUACUGUCCGCAUCCUUGUCGGUGCCAGCGACGAGGUAUUGCGGGAGCUUGUUUGUGAUCGCAAAGAAAUCACACAGGUGGAGAUGAUUUUCAUUGAUCAUUGGCAAAAGCUGUAUCGACCGGACUUGUGGCUCCUUGAGGAAUUGGAUGUUCUAGUGCCCAAGACCUCGGUGCUUCUCGCAGACAAUGUGAUCAUGCCAGGCGCACCGGAGUAUUUGGAGUGGGUUCAAGCGACGACUGCGCACAAGAGAGAGCUAGUUAAGACGGCGAACACUGGUUCGCUCGCACCAAACCCAAAUCUUGUUUAUGAGACCAGCGUGUCUGAAUUUGACACUGACUUCGGAAAGGAUGGGGUAGCCGUCACAACAUUGAAGGAAUAG